CUGGGACCCCCCAAACUGGGAACUCCCCAAACUGGGAACUCCCCCAAACUGGGAACUCCCCCAAACUGGGACCCCCCAAACUGGGAACUCCCCCAAACUGGGAACUCCCCCGAACUGGGACCCCCCAAACUGGGAACUCCCCCAAACUGGGACCCCCCAAACUGGGAACUCCCCCAAACUGGGAACUCCCCAAACUGGGAACUCCCCCAAACUGGGAACUCCCCCAAACUGGGACUCCCCCAAACUGGGAACUCCCCCAAACUGGGAACUCCCCCAAACUGGGAACUCCCCCAAACUGGGAAUUCCCAAACUGGGACCCCCCAAACUGGGACUCCCCCAAACUGGGAACUCCCCCAAACUGGGAACCCCCAAACUGGGACUCCCCCAAACUGGGAACUCCCCCAAACUGGGACCCCCCAAACUGGGACCCCCCAAACUGGGAACUCCCCAAACUGGGGACCCCCCAAACUGGGACCCCCCAAACUGGGAAUUCCCCCAAACUGGGAACUCCCCAAACUGGGAAUUCCCCCAAACUGGGAACUCCUCAAACUGGGACCCCCCAAACUGGGAAUUCCCAAACUGGGAACUCCCCCAAACUGGGACACUCCCCAAACUGGGACCCCCCAAACUGGGACCCCCCAAACUGGGAACUCCCCCAAACUGGCCCCCCAAACUGGGACCCCCCCCCAAACUGGGAACUCCCCCAAAGUGGGAACUCCCCCAAACUGGGACCCCCCAAACUGGGAACUCCCCAAACUGGGACCCCCCAAACUGGGAACUCCCCCAAACUGGGAACUCCCCCAAACUGGGACCCCCCAAACUGGGAACUCCCCCAAACUGGGAACUCCCCCAAACUGGGACCGAACUGCCCCAAACUGGGAUCAUCCCAAACUGGGAACUCCCCCAAACUGGGACCCCCCCAAACUGGGACCCCCCAAACUGGGAACUCCCCCAAACUGGGAACUCCCCAAACUGGGAACUCCCCCAAACCGGGACCCCCCAAACUGGGAACUCCCCAAA